UAUGACACUCAAGACUGCUAAAAAGUCGAAGCUUGAUACCUCAAGAUAUAUGCUACAAGUUGAGGAUCAUCUACUUGUACUAAUGGAGAAACUUUUGAUAGCAAGCAUGCAAUACCGUGGCAAUUACAAUACAAAAAUCAAAAUCUGAAUGACCAACUUAAUUAGCUUAAUAAAUAACAAUAAUGAGCAAGCUGAGACAUGAAAAAUUCACAUAAUGUACAUAAACUUCUGAUCCAAACAAGUGUGCUCUAUCCAACAUAAAUGCAGAGAACUUUCAGUUUAGCAUUAUACAAAAUGAGUAACAAGCACAAGGAAUUUCUACACAAAAAAAACCUUUAGGCUAAUUAACAAACACAAGGAACUUCUGACCUCAAGUCUUCUUCCUCGGUUUUGGACCCGAACAUAGGCUUUUGGAGGAUUUUUAAAAUUGGGCCGCCAGUAGGCCCAUAUAUCCAACCCAUUUUUCUUUUUACUUAGGGAGUGUUAUACACAGUCUCCGAUGACGACAACGCUUAUAUAAUUAAUAAAAAAAAAGAAAAGGGAAAAGGGUCCCUCCCUCCCGCCCAAAGCUUCCCUCUCCUCCUCCUCCGUCUUCCUCGCAGACUCACCGUUUGAUUUUCACUCCACUGACGGGCUUUCCUAGGGUUCCGUUUCGUCUCCUUUUCGAUUUCAGUUAGCGCUGUACGGAGAAUGGAGAAAACUCCGACGGAGAUUGUCUCCGAGAUGGGUUCUCGUUUGCUUCAGUCAUCUCGUCCGAACAAGGGCUCCCUUGUGAAAUCCCUUCGGGAAGCUGCUACUACUCUCUCACAAAUCGAGCAGCCUUUAGUCACCGAAACUGUGAGCAAGAAGAAAGCUCUGAAGCUGCUUGAAGCUGAGCUUAGACCGCUGAAGAAAUCCAUCAUCAAGCAUGACCUUCUUAAGAAUCGUGAUAACGACGUGAGUCUAUUAGUCACUGUCUGUGUCAGUGAGAUUUUUCGGAUUCUGGCACCUGAGCCACCUUUUGAAGACAAGUAUCUCAGGGAUAUCUUCAACCUCUUCCUUGCUGAGUUCUCUGAGCUAUCUGAUACUGUAAGCCCUUAUUUCUCGAGAAGGGCAAAGAUCUUGGAGACAGUUUCUCGAUGUAAAUGCUCUCUGCUAAUGCUGGACGUGGACUGCCAUGACUUAAUUCACGAGAUGUUUAACACGUUUUUCUCUGUUGUAAGAGAUCACUAUCAACAGAAUUUAGCUCAUCAGAAAAACGCUAAAGUGCAGCAGCGAAAGGCUAACACGCAGCAAGCGCAACAAAGUUUAUUUAAUGACAUUCUAACGAUAAUGACUGAUAUUCUGAAAGAAGAGGCAAGUUCGUCACUUGUCGGUGUUAUUCUUGAAAAUCUUGUGAAGGAGGGAAAGGAUGCGACUCCUGCUGCUAAUAACCUUGCGAGUUCUCUCAUUAAAAACUGUACCGACACGCUUGAGCCGUUAAUUUGCAGUUUUCUAACAUCCUGUUUUAUGGAGAAAGAUUCUAUCCAGUCCAAUCUCAAAGAUUCUUACCACGAAAUCAUAUUCAUGAUCUCCUUAAAUGCUCCCCAGAUACUGCUAGCAAUUAUCCCGAACUUGACCCAGGAACUACUGACUGAUCAGGUUGAUGUGAGAAUAAAAGCUCUGAACUUAGCUGGAAGGAUUUUUGCACAGCCUAACCACUGUUCCGGGGAGAUAUAUCGAGAUCUUUUUGUAGAGUUCUUGAGAAGAUUCUCAGAUAAAUCUGCAGAAGUCAGAAUGGCUGCAUUGAAAUGCGGGAAGCAGUGUUACUUGGCGAAUCCCUCUGGAAAUAAAGCAUCUGGAGUUCUCACUGCCAUUCAAGAGCGCCUAUUAGAUUUCGAUGAUAGGGUUAGAACACAGGCUUUGGUUGUUGCUUGUGAUAUAAUGAAGUCUAAUAUGAAGUAUGCUCCUUUGAAUCUGAUCUCUGAGGCCACUGAGAGACUUCGGGAUAAGAAGAUAUCUGUUAGGAAGAAGGCUAUGCAGCAGCUGUCAAAAGUGUAUCAAGAUUACUGUGACAAGUGUUCAAAAGGAUAUCUGACAAUAAAUGAUCAUUUUGAGCAAAUCCCAUGCAAAAUCUUGUUGCUUUGCUGCGAUAAAGAUUGUAAAGAAUCAUGGUCCCACAAUGUGGAACUUGUGCUAUCCGUUGAUCUUUAUCCUCGCCUUCUUCCAGUUGAGGAGAGGAUGCGGCACUGGGUUCAAUGUUUUGUCGUCAUGAACCAUAUUCACUUGAAGUCACUCAAUUCAAUUUUAUCUCAGAAAAGAAGGUUUCAAAGUGAAUUGCGGCAUUGCCUGACUAUCUUGAGGGAGGCUAAGGAUCACAAUGUAGAAGAAGUGAAAAGAAAACAAAAAAGCUGUUUUGUAAAGCUUUCAUCUGGCUUUCCAGACACUUCCAAGGCAGAAGAUUUCUUUCACAGAUUAGACCAAAUGAACGACACAUCAAUUUUUGAUGCCUUAACUCUACUGCUGGAUGAACUGACAUUCACAAAAGCCCAGACUAUUAGAGAGAAGUUUCUCGAGAGAAUUGGUGCUAAUCAUCAACUUUUCGACUUCCUGCGCAUACUUUCUACAAAAUGUGCGCCUACUAUAUUUAGCUCAGAGCAUGUCCGGUAUCUUAUGGAUCAGCUUUCUAGCAGCACCUCUGACACGCAGUUGAAGGCUCCUUUCAUCAAACUUCUUUUGGUAAUCCUCAACAUGUUCCCUUCUUACCUGAGAGGUUCAGAAAAACAGUUCUUGGAGCUAUUAGAGGACGAUGAUUCAGUCGCUGACGAGCUAACUGAAGCUUUGUCAAAGGCAGCUCCUUAUAUUUCUGCCAACUUCAGUGACUAUUCCCCUGUUCUGGAGAAGAUGUGUCUGGAGGGUACUCGUUCUCGGGCAAAACAUGCUGUUUCUGCCAUUGCUUCGUUGGCUACAUCAUCUGAAAAACCUGUCUUUUCCAAGUUAUGCAAGAAGCUCAGAGAUUCUUUGCUGUGUGGACGGAAAAUUCCAACAACUCUGCAAUCUUUGGCAUGUGUUGGGCAAUAUUCUGUCUUGGCUUUUGACAAUAUAUAUGAAGAUAUCAGUAGAUACGUAUACCAAAUUUUUCAAGCGGAACCAUCUGAUAAUCAGCCUCCUUGUGAUCAGUCUUCUGGUUGCUGUAACUCUUGCAAGCUAAAGAUAUAUGGGCUCAAAACACUUGUGAAAAGUUUCUUGCCUCGCCAUGGUCAAGUCGUAAGGAAAAUCGAUGACUUGUUAAACAUUUUGAAGAAAACACUGAGAUCACAAGGACUCGAAGGCAUCAAAUCAUGCGAUGACACGGGGGCUAAUGUUAGACUGGCUGCUGCUAAAGCUGUUUUAUUGCUUUCAAGGAAAUGGGACCUUCAUAUUUCUCCUGAACUUUUCCGUCUUACCAUCUCGAUGGGAAAGGACUCCAACGCUUUUAUAACCAAGACUUUUCUCACCAAAUUACAGAAGCUAUUGAUGGAAAAUAUGAUACCCAGAAGAUACGCAUGUGCUUUUUCGUUUUCCGUGUCUGGUUCCUGCAGAGAUCUGCAAAAUGAUUCACUUAGAUAUAUCAAUGGAUUCAUCAGAAAUGCUACAAGAGAAGCUCGGGCAGGUCGGGAUGUAGAUCAACGGGAAUCACUCACUGAUUGUCCAGCUUACAUGAUAGUGUUCCUGAUCCAUGUUCUUGCACAUGACCCGGAUUUCCCUUCAGAAGACUGCAUGGAUGAGCAUGUCUAUGCUCGAUUUUGUGGCCCUCUGUUGUCGGUCUUACAAGUGCUACUUAGUAACAAGGAAAUAGCCCCUUUCUUGUGUUGUAUCUUGCGUGCAAUUAAAAGAGCUGAAGAUGCUGUUGAUGCUUGUAAAACUCCUAGGCUGCAUAUUCUAGCUGAUAUUGGUUCUUCAGCUGUCAACACAUCAAAAUGUAUUGACGCGACUUCCCCACAAGCUCCACGGUCAAUUUUGCUACCAUCAUCGCUGUACAAACUAGGCCAAACUAGCAUGUCAGACAGCCAGAACAAGGCUAAGUCUCACACUCAAAAUACUUUGGAACAAAGGUUCAUGGAAAGAGUAGUUCAUAUAUUCCGAUCACAGAUCUCUCUGAAGUGUCAAGAAGAUACCCCAGCAGUUGUUUUGGAGGAUGGAGAUUUGCCUCUAUUAUUGGGAAAUCAAAUCGAAACCUCAAUGACUGGUUCCACUGAAGCCAGCAAAAACAACACUAGGUGUAGCAAAAAGCGGACUCAUUUGGGUUUGCCUGAAAAAAGUACUACUACUACCAGAGAGAUGAAGAAUGUUACUUCCAAGAAGUGUAAAACAGUAGAAGGGGGAGAACACAUUUCUCGUGAUUCCACCGUAUCUUUGAGAACAGUUGAGUCGGAAAUUCCUAAAAAGAAGCUAGAGAGACACAGUACUUGUUCAAAGGAGAGUGCUGGGGCAAGUGUCAGCAACAAUGUUACAUCUUCCAAACCUUCCGGGGUAGUAUCUAUGUUAAAGGAUACCAGCAACCACGGCGAAGCAAUCAUUGGGCAGCGGAUUAAAUUACUCUCCCCCGCUGAUGGAUGUUUCCAUCACGGCACUGUUGAAAGGUUUAAUUCUAAAAGCAACUCCCACAAGAUUGCUUUUGAUAAUGGGGAUGUUGAAUUGGUUUGCUUGGACAGCGAGAGUUGGGAGACCCUGAGCCAUGAAUCCAUGGGGCAACAGGAAAUAUUGGGAAAGGAGACGGAAUCUUUUGGUUCUCGCGUCCCUGAAGUUAAAACAAAGCAGCAGAAGAAAAAGAUGCCUACCAAAUUGAAUCCUACAGCUGGAGAAGAAUCAGUGUCAGAAGUAACCAACACAAGUGACAACAUUGGACUUAGAAGAAGUCGGAGACGAAGAAUGUCUUAAGGAGCAUGAUAUGCUCGCAACAAUAGACUUCUUCCUCCUCCUCAUAUUUAUAUGUUUAUAAUAACCUCGUGAUAGAAAUAAUAAACGAAUACUUAUGUCUAGAAUUAAACUUGUUUAGACGGCAACAAUAUUAUGAAAAAUAACACACAGGUUUUGCUGUUUUGAGUUUCAAUAGUUUUGCUUUUGGCAUUGUUGGGUCUUCUUUUGUUCACUUCGUAUCUCGACUUUUCAUAACUAACCAAGUCAAUUUCAUUUUCCGAACUUAUUUAACUCAACCAAAAUGUUCCUAAUUUCUCCCAAAAUUCAUUUUAAUUGUUUGUUGUAGUUCUUUUUUCAAAAGAGAAGACUUUUCUUGAUUUAUGAGGUUACAAUAUAAAAAACAUACAGAGAGAUUUGGUUGUGGAAUUAGGUACCAAAGGUAAGACAAUUCGAGCGUUUUGUGGAAUGAGAGGAUUUAUUUGGCGUACCAAAUAUGGCCUAAGCAUCGUUGUUGUAGAGUGUAAUGGCUACUAUUGGAUAUGGGUCUCCUUUGACGCUCACUGAUAUUCAAACAAGAUUAAAAGGUCACAAAAGGAGAUGUCCCAGCAUUAAAGCCAACUAUAAUGACAGCUGUUUCUUGAUCGUGUGCGCAAAAAAGCACCCUUAACAUCUCCUUUGAGGCUUGCUACUCUCCAAUCUUUCGAUGGCUCAGUAGCAGUAUUAGCAGAGAAUAGGAAAAGUACACCAGAAGUAAACUUUUUUUUCUUGAAAAAGGCUUUACCAGAAGGAAACUUUCAUGGCAAGAAAUCAUCUAAAGUUCAUCAAAGCAACCAAAGAAAUACCUCCAACUUCUUCUGAUGCUGCUUUGACGCAAGUUUCAUCAAAAAUUUCAUGUGAUUAUCCGUGAAUGAUGUUUUGAAUGAUUAUCUUAUAAAGAGAUACUCAAUCUUCAGUAAUGAUAAAUAUGAAUAAUGCAGACAAGAAAACAUAUAAGGUUCUAUGGUGUAGUGGUUAGCACUCUGGACUUUGAAUCCAGCGACCUGGGUUCGACUCCCGGUAGGACCUUUUUCACCAUUUUUAGUUUGUUUGUAUAUUUAUUUCAUCCAACUUUGUAAUCAACGGAUAACAUGAAUGAAAAGCCAACGUUGGAGAACUGAUUGAUGACUACUAGUAAUCUACGGAAGAAAGGAUCAUAAAAGAAACUUUCCUUCAAUUUUACAUGUAUUUACAUAUUGAUGAACACGGCAGCGACGAUGACGGUGACUGAGCCACCGUAGAUAGUGUGGAACGAGGGGGAAACGGCGGUGAGACGGAGGAUCACGAAGCUAAAGCCUCAAAAUUGGGAAAGUGUGUCCUUUCUCCACCACACGAACAUUUUGAUAAGAUGAAAUGAACAUGUCCACAGUGAGUCCAAUGUUACCUGUUAUUUGGAUUAAUAUGUAAAUUGAUUUGACAUAAGAUUGACUGGUUUCGACUUAAAAGCACCUCCAUCAGAAAAUACUUAGUGGAUAACUAAGUAAUUAAGAAUAAGAAUUAUAGAAAUUAGAAAGGAGACAACAAAAAUUUCUCAGAAAAACUAUUAAGAUACUCACCUCUGCUAGCUCUCUAGUUUGUAAAGGACUAAUUAAAAGAGUGGGAACAUAUUCAUCUAUUUUGGUAUGGAAUGAUCCUUGGAUCUCAUCCACUCGCCCGAGACCAGCAAACAAAAAUCUUCAAAAUAGUUACCCGGAUCUCACUGUGGAUUCCCUCAUUAAUUUAGAAUCCCGAACUUGGAAUAUUGAGGCAAUUAGGAUUUUGGUGGAUCCUCGUGAUGCACAAAUUAUUGAAAGUAUUCCCUUAAGUAGAAAUCAGAUGGACGAUAGGAAUGGAUAGCAUUUCACUAAUAAUGGAAAAUAUUCUGUCAAAUCAGGAUAUCAAGUGGAACGGGUCUAUCCUGAUAAGGAAAAACCACCAGAAUUUUAUGGACCUACAGUGGAUACGUUAAAAGCUUUCUGUUGGGAAGUGCGGUGCCCGCCGAAGUUAAGACAUUUCUUAUGGCAACUCCUUUCAGGCUGUAUAGCGGUAAUGAAGAAUCUUCAUGGGAGAGGAAUACAAGGAGAUAUUCGAUGUACUCGAUGUGGGGACCCAGAGGAAUCAAUAAAUCAUGUAUUUUUUGAAUGCCCUCCAACACGUCAAGUAUGGGCAUUAUCUAAGAUACCAUCAAAUCCGAGCCUUUUUCCUACUUGUUCGUUUUUUGGUAACAUGGAUCAUCUCUUUUGGAGAAUUACUCCAAAGAUGGACGAUCACCAAUUUGCGUGGAUAUUAUGGUAUAUAUGGAAAGGUCGAAACAAUAAGGUGUUUAGUAAUUUGGAUAUUGAUUUAAGGGAAACACUUCGAUUAGCAGAACUGGAAUCGACACUUUGGACUGAAGCACAGAUAGUCACUGAUCAGAAAAGGGAGAGCCAAGUACUGACCAGACGCACAUUAGAAACUACAGGACGUUGGUGUUUUAUAGAUGGUUCAUGGAAAGAAAAUGAUCUAUUUUCGGGACAAGGAUGGUAUAAUACCUUACCGAGGUUUGAUGGUUUAUUAGGUGCAAGGAAUGUAAGGACGUGUCUAUCAUCUCUUCACUCGGAGGUGGAGGCAUUGAUUUGGGCAAUGGAAUGUAUGAAGAACUUACGACAGUUUCAGGUUACGUUUGCAACAGAGUGUUUUCAAUUGGUGAAGAUGGUUUCGGAACCAGAAGAAUGGCCAGCAUUUGAAAGCUACCUGGAAGAUAUUAAGCUUUUACGAAGAAGUUUCCACAACUCAGAUAUCAUCUAUAUACCCCUAACGGAGAACCUACGGGCGGAUAGCUUGGCACGUAGUGCUAGGAAACAACCGUCUUUCGUCGUUCAUAUGGAUGCGGAGUUACCGAUCUGGUUUACAGAGUCAAUAUGAGUCUGUAAAUGUUUUGUUGUCAAAAAAAAAAAAAACUCUUAAGAUACUCUUAAGAACCUAUGAUAUGUGUCAAGUUAUACUUUUUUCUAAAGAUUAAAAAUUAUGUGGAGUUCACAUAAUAGUCUUGGUACGUACAAAGCCUUAUUAUCUGGAUUGAAGAACUGAUUAUGAAAGGUAGGUGUUUAUAUCUAUAUUAUUAAAAGAGAAAUACAAAAACAAAAAAUCUUUAGUUUUUCAACUUAUUUACAAUGACAUGCUAUUAAGUUAUUAAUUAACCUACAUUUUAUGAUUUUUUAUCUUUUCCUCUUUAAUUAAUACAUUUCCAAUAUCAAAUUCUAACUAAAAAUUAUGGCAACAAUAAUUAAUAAACUUAACUUUUAGUAUUCUUUGUCUUUUUCUAUUUUAUUAUACAUAUGUGUGUUUGAUAAUAAUUAAUUCCAUAUAUACAUUUCUUAAUUACAUACACUAUAUGGUAAUUAAUUUACUAAUUCCACAUGUACAUAAUAAAUAGUAUACAACAAUUUUAUUAUACAUAAUCACAAAAUUUUGAUCCAUAAAAACAGUUUAUGCAACAAUUUGAUUAUAUAUUAUCAUAAAAUUUUGAUCCAUAAAAAAUAAAAAUACAUUUGUGUGACUUUACAA